GCGCCAUUUUCGAGUGUAGAAGCCGCCAAGGCUGCAGGCAGGAAAAGGGAGCUUUCUGCAGCUCGCGCCGCUGAUACGUUAGGAGAGCCGUUGGCCCUCGCUCCGUUGGCCCUCGUUCUGGGCCGUGGAUGGGGACGAAGUAUUCUGUCUCUGGCUGGUAAGAAGUCCUUUUUCGGGGGAGGAACUGUUCUUGCUUUUGGGUUUUGGGGGGGAGAGAGUUUUGAGAAGCUUCCCUCCCUGCGGUUAGAAUGAAGGGUGGAACUUUCAGUAAGGUUCAUGGACUUGGCUGGUGCUUACUGGUACUUGGGAAACUGGUUCGCUUUUUUUUUAUUAAAAAAAUUAAAUUAAAAAUAAAACCCCCACAAACUAUUCUAUGAGGAAAAAGGCGGCAGCCUUCUCUCUCCCCCUCCCCUCCCCAAACCGGCCGCUUUUUCUUCUCCCCUGCUUUUCCCCCUACCCGCCUCCGUGGGGGUGGGGUAAAAAGCUAUAUUUGCUGGCGAUUUCCGUUGCUAUCGGUAAAACCAAGUUGGUCUUCCAUUCGCUCCUUGCACUUUUUUUUUUUUGCUGAUUUUGGUAUGGGCUGUCAGACUAUUCAUAAACAUAAUUUUCUUUUAAAAAUAUUCUUUCCCCCAACCGUAAUUUUUAUAGUCGUCUGGAGGAUUUAAUUCUUAGCCGUUGGAGCGGUGAAGUAGAUAUUUCCCCUUCCCCCCUCCCACGAAAAAAAUGACUUCAACUGGUUGCUCUCGGUAAAAAGGCACGUACGCAUCGGAGUCUAAGGGGAAGGAGGGCUGGAUGAUUCCAAUGCAUUCUUAAAAGAGCAUGCAUGCCAAACUAUUUACUGUAUUUUUAAAACUUCUGCGUUCGGUUCACAGCAAAAUAAUAAUAAUUUUUAUUUCGCGGCCCUGACCUGAUGAGUGAUAUUUGGCAGUAGUAGGUCUGUAAGUGCUUUUAGUAAAGCACCACUAAUUAGACCCCCUUGAUUGGAAGCAAGCUACGAAGGGGUGGGUGCGGGGAGGAGGUGAUGGAUUUAUGAAGGGUAAAAAGCCCGAUUCAUUUAUUAGGGCGCUUAAUUUCCCACAAUACUUGUGAGAUAACAUGCAUAAAUUAAAACAGCCGUUGCUUUGCAAACCUAUUAACGUUUGAAAGCCAACGUCACUUCAUUCAGUCCGGAUUCCUUUGGACUCCUGGAGGCUAUAAAUGUCAGUAAAAUAUAAGUAUUACAAUAUCUUUCCUGAGUAUGUUGUUGGCUUAAAGAGAAUGUUAAUAAGCCUAUUUAAUUAUUGGGUGUGGGUAAGAUUAAUAUAAAACAGUCCACAUCCUAUAUGCAUGGGCUGAGAUUUUUUAUUUGAUGUCAGUUAUUUAAAGAGGGCUUUUGAACAUGAUUUUAAUAAACCUUGAUUAUGAGAAGCAAAUUAACAUCUCCCCUUUCAGUUUCCCCCACCUCAAGUUAUAUACUUAAACAUCGGCUUUCUUGAAUUACUCUCUAGUCAGGUACCAAUAAAAAAAAGUUGUCCUCUUUUCAAGUUUUACAGUUCUCUUCAUUGGAAUAAAAGAAUGAGAACACAUCUUGUUAAGGACUCUAUUAAAUUAUUUAAGCAGUAAUUCUUGAGUCUUGAACCUGAACAGAAUCCUUUAAAAAUAAUUCAAAUAAAGUGCUGGAGAUUACACUUCUUUAUUGUAAAGAGAUUUCUGUCUUUAAGGAGAUUACACCUGUUAAUAAAAUAGGCAAUAGUUUUGUUUUCUAUUAAAUUAGUUAACUUUUUAAUAUAUUCGGUCAAUAUGACAGUUGUAAAUUGUCAGUUACAAUGGAGGAUGGGGAGAGAGGUACUACAUACUUGUCAUAAUAGGUUGCCAAAUUGCAAAAUUAACCCACAUUUUAGAUUAACAUUAGGCACUGGACACACAACUUUAUCAUUUUUUAAUGUAAUAUGUAGGUCUUUGGGAUUUUUUUCAUUUGCGUUAACGAAGACGAUAACAGGGCUUCUGUAGUUUGGUUGUUUGGAAUCGGAACAGCUAACUGAAAUCAUGCCAAGAAAAAGAACUAAAAUAUCUACAGCAGCCCAUCACAAAGGCAAUGAGCCCUUGGAUGACUCCUUCAGUGAUGGGGAACCUGAAAAAGAAGCCAAUAUGCACACCCCUGAUGUACCUCAGCAAGCAGUCUCAAACGGAGUAGUUGAAGUAGUUGACAAUCACAGUUUAGAAGAGAUUUUGAGUAGCAUCUCUCCUCCCCCACCUCCAGCAAUGACCAAUGAAGCUGGAGCUCCUCGUCUCAUGAUAACUCACAUUGUAAACCAGAACUUCAAAUCUUAUGCUGGGGAGAAAAUUCUAGGACCGUUUCAUAAGCGUUUUUCUUGCAUUAUUGGACCAAAUGGCAGUGGAAAGUCCAAUGUGAUUGAUUCUAUGCUCUUUGUUUUUGGUUAUCGAGCACAAAAAAUAAGAUCCAAAAAACUUUCAGUUCUGAUCCAUAAUUCUGAUGAGCAUAGUGAUAUUCAUAGUUGCACAGUAGAAGUUCAUUUUCAAAAGAUCGUUGACAAGGAAGGGGAUGAUUAUGAAGUCAUUCCCAACAGCAAUUUCUAUGUCUCCAGAACAGCCUUCAAAGAUAAUUCUUCCGUGUACCAUAUCAGUGGGAAGAAAUCAACAUUUAAAGAUGUUGGGUUUCUACUUCGAAGCCAUGGAAUUGACCUAGAUCAUAAUAGGUUCUUGAUUUUACAGGGGGAAGUUGAACAAAUAGCGAUGAUGAAACCAAAAGGGCAGAAUGUACAUGAUGAAGGUAUGCUUGAAUAUUUAGAAGACAUAAUAGGAUCAGAACGAUUAAAAGAGCCUAUUCAAAUAUUAUGUCGAAAAGUUGAAAUAUUAAAUGAACAGAGGGGUGAGAAGUUGAACAGAGUUAAAAUGGUGGAAAAAGAGAAAGAUGCCUUGGAAGGAGAGCGGAACAAAGCACUUGAAUUUCUUUCUUUGGAAAACAAAAUGUUCAAAGAAAAGAAUAAGAUUUGUCAGUACUACAUUUAUGAUUUGCAGAAGCGGAUAACUGGACUGGAGACCCAGAAAGAAGAAAUACAUGAAGAUACUAAAGAAGUUAAUGAGAAAAGCAGUAAACUGGCAGAUGAAAUGAAAGAUAAGAAUAAAGCUCUGAAAGAAAUUGAAAAAAAACUCAAUAAAAUCACAGCAUUCAUAGAAGAAAAUAAAAAUACAUUUAAGCAGCUCGAUUUGGAGGAUGUUCAAGUAAGGGAAAAACUAAAACAUGCAAAAAGCAAGUCAAAAAAACUAGAGAAGCAGCUUCAGAAGGAUAAAGAAAAGGUUGAAGACUUGAGAAGUGUUCCUGCCCGUAGUGAAUCUGCUAUUAGUGAAGCAACAGCUAAGAGAGAGGUUCUAGAAAAAGAAAAGAAAAGGGUAGAGGAAAAACUAAAAGAAGUUAUGGACAGUCUUAAGCAGGAAACUCAAGGAUUGCAGAACGAAAAAGAGGACAAAGAAAAAGAACUCAUGGAAUUUAGCAAAACUGUUAAUGAAGCACGUUCAAAUUUGGAGGUGGCACAGUCAGAACUUGAUCUCUACCUUAGUCACCAUAAUACUGCAGUAUCACAGUUUGAAACAGCAGAAGAAGCUCUUCAGACUGCUUCAGGAACACUUAAAGAAAGGUUAGCCACUAUCAAAGAUCUGGAGUCAAAACUGCCUCAAGCUGAGCAUGAUCUAAAGAAGAAAGAGAAUGAUCUUAAUAAACUUGUAAGAGAUGAAGCAGACGUCAAGAAUUAUGUUCAAGAUCUGCGUCAGAAAGUAGAAGAAGCAAGAAGCUCAUUGGCAAUAAAUAAAAGUCGAGGAAAAGUUCUUGAAGUUUUACUUCAACAGAUGAAGUCUGGGAAAAUCCCUGGAAUUUAUGGAAGACUAGGUGACUUGGGAGCCAUAGAUGAGAAGUAUGAUGUUGCAAUUUCAUCAUCAUGUGGAGCAUUAGAUCACAUUGUAGUCGACACCAUAGAUACUGCUCAAGAAUGUGUUAAAUUCUUGAAGAAGGAAAACAUUGGAGUGGCAACAUUUAUAGGGCUUGACAAGAUGGCAGUAUGGGAGAAAAGCAUGGGAAAAAUCCAGACUCCUGAAAACAUUCCUCGUUUAUUUGAUAUGGUAAAAGUUAAAGAUGAGAAGGUUCGCAAUGCUUUUUAUUUUGCAUUACGUGACACUUUGGUAGCCAGUAACCUGGACCAGGCUACCAGAGUUGCAUUCCAGAAAGACAAGAGAUGGAGAGUUGUAACUUUACAAGGACAAAUUAUAGAACAAUCAGGUACAAUGACUGGUGGUGGAGGAAAAGUAAUGAAGGGUAGAAUGGGAUCCUCUGUUGUAGUUGAAACAUCAGAAGAUGAGGUAAAUAAAAUGGAAUCGCAGCUGCAAAAGAAUCUCCAGAAAGCAACACAGUAUCAGGAACAAAAAGUGCAACUUGAAGAAGCAAUAUCAAAAUUGCACCAGAGCAUUAGAGAAAUGAGGAACACGUUAGGAAAGUACAGUGCAAACAUUCAGAGUUUGACAGAGCAAGAGGCUCACUUAAAAAUCCAGGUUAAAGAACUUGAACGAAAUGUAAUUGCUGCAGUUCCAGACAAAAUCAAGCAGAAAGAAAUGGAGAGAAAAUGUCAUUGUUUCAAAGAAGAUUAUGACAAAGUUGCUGCAAAGGCUGGUAAAUUGGAAACAGAAAUAAAGAGAUUGCAUAAUCUCAUAAUUGACAUAAAUAAUAAUAAGCUUAAAGCUCAUCAAGACAAUCUUGAUAAGAUAAACAAGGAAAUAGAUCAAUGUGCUUCUGCUAUUACUAAAGCUCAGGUGGCAAUCAAGACAGCAGAUAGAAACCUGAAUAAAUCAGAAGAUGCUGUUCUCCACACUGAGAAGGAAAUUGAAGAGAAUAAAAAAGCCCUCCAAGACUUAACAGAACAGCUGAAUACACUAGAAGAAAGAGCUGCUAAAGUUAUGGAUGACAGCAAAGAAGCUGAAGAGUCCUUGCCAGAGAUUCAAGCAGAACACCGCUCUAUGCUUCAGAAAAUUAAAGCUAUCCAAGAUGAAGAGCAUUUGCUUCAAAAAGAGGCUCUUAGUAUUAGGCUUAAAAUUGAACAGCUAGACGGUCAUAUUGCGGAGCAUCAAUCAAAGAUUAAAUAUUGGCAAAAAGAGAUAUCAAAAAUAUCACUGCAUUCUCUGGAAGAUGAACAAGUGGAAGAACUUCCAGUGCUCAUCCAGGAAGAACUUGAGGCUAUAAGAAACCCGGAUAGUAUAACCAAUCAGAUAGCUCUUUUAGAAGCACAAUGUCAUGAAAUGAAACCAAACUUGGAUGCCAUUGCUGAAUAUAAAAAAAAGGAGGAACUGUACUUGAAACGUGUGGGAGAGUUGGAUGAAAUAACCAAUAUGAGAGACAAAUUUAGGGAAGCUGAAGAAGGUCUUAGAAAACAAAGACUUCAUGAAUUUAUGGCAGGAUUUAAUGUAAUAACAAAUAAACUAAAGGAAAACUACCAAAUGCUUACAUUGGGAGGAGAUGCAGAACUGGAGCUUGUAGAUAGUCUGGAUCCUUUCUCUGAAGGAAUCAUGUUCAGUGUUCGCCCACCAAAGAAAAGCUGGAAGAAGAUUUUCAACUUGUCAGGUGGCGAGAAGACACUUAGCUCGCUGGCUUUGGUGUUUGCUUUACAUCAUUACAAACCAACUCCUCUUUACUUCAUGGAUGAAAUUGAUGCAGCCCUUGAUUUUAAAAAUGUAUCCAUCGUAGCAUUUUACAUAUACGAACAAACAAAAAAUGCACAAUUCAUCAUCAUCUCUCUGAGAAACAACAUGUUUGAAAUUGCGGAUAGACUAAUUGGGAUUUACAAGACUUUCAAUACCACAAAAAGUGUUGCAACAAAUCCCAAAGUAAUUGCAUUGAAAGGACUUGCUGAACUUGGUUCCUGAAUACAGAAAUUACUUCUAUUUAACCAGUAGACUUUUCUAAUGAACAUUUCCUAAUAUGCAUUUUUCACCAGUUUGUGUUUUUAAAUGUGUUUAGCAACUUUUUCAAAGCUAACAUGUUGAAAGAAAGAAAAGGAAGUUCUAAACUGCAACUAGAUGUACCGUAGUAGUGUCUGUGGUGCUUAGCAAUCACAGUCACCAUUCCAUGCCAGUACACUUUAUUUUUGAGGUAAAGGCUGUAAUUGUUUUUAAACCAUUUAAUGCUGUUUUUAUUUGUUAAAAUAAAACCAUAAAUUGACUGAGCUGUGAUUUCCUUGUACUCUUCCAAGGGUAGUUAUUACAUAUAUACUAACUUCUAAAGAAAACUGAAAUGCGUGAAAACUAUAGAUUCAUAUUACAUAUACAUACAGUUGCAGAAGCCCUCACCUCCUUAGCAUUGUAAGGUUGCCAAGUUGCUUGUAUUCUCCAGCGUUUCUGUGCUGCAGCAGUCUGCUUCUGGACAAAUGCUGGCCAUGGUUAAUAGGGUGGCUUCCAGCAACACUUUUGGAAGUUAAAAUGCUGUAUAAAUUUUACUUCAGUUUAUUUCUCUUAUGGGACAGAGGCACCAUUUCAAGCCUCAUUUUUGUUGUGUGACAAAAAGAGCAUCCCUGACUAGAGAUGGUCUCUUUCUCCUGGUUAUACCUUCCUGCACUUAGCUUCCUCCUCUAACAGAGUGGAAAAGGAGCUUCUGCCACAGAACAAUUUAAAUGUGUAUCCCUUUUGUACUACCCAAACGAUUUGCUCCUGGAGCAGCUGAAGGUUUGUCUGGGUACAGAGGCUACAUCUGAAACAUGAAAAUGAGAGUUCUAGUUUCUUUGUUUUUAAUAAAAAUAUUAACUGAAGGUGUGCAAGCACAGUUCAAAAUUUUUGGUCCUCCACUAUAACCAUUAGCAAGACUGUUGCUAAUGACACCCUCAGGUCCACGAGAUGUGUUUACUUGCAGGCUUCAAUCUCAAUGAGAAUCCAUUGUUGAGGUGCUGGAGGAUAUCUUAACACCACCACCCUUUCCCCCUCUGGUUGGGAAUGGGAUGAACUCCACCAAAACAGGUCUCAUAAAAAGAUAUUUUGUUUUGAACAAUUGAUGUUUUCUUCCCUGGUAUGGGUGAGGCUCAGGAAAGCAGACAUGACUUUCUUGAAAGAAGGCAGAUGCAGCAAACCACAUGUAGUGCAA